AUGGCUCUACCCUCAACCAAUAAUGCCACGUUGGAGGAGAUGGAUGACAUUUGGUUGGAGAUUCCUACUGAGGCCUUACAUGUUUUCCUGGGAGACACGGCAGAGGAAGUUAACCUGGGAGCAUUUUGGUUUGAGCAUGAAAGCAUGUUCCCGGUGGAAGAGAACGACAAUGAGCUCCUAAACAGCCGAGUGGUGGCCAUCGACGACGGAGAGGACAUCUCAGGCCUCACUAACCAUAUAAAGGUCAAGUUCCUCUUCCAGAAUGCAUCACUGCGUGAUCUAGAUAAGGUGUGUUUUGUUGACGGCAGUGGCUCCAGUGCCAGUCUGAGCUCCUCAUCUGUGUGGUUGCUGACGUUGUUGUCCAGGGUGGGCUGUGGAAUAUCCCUCUGUUUCCUGUGUCUGGCUCUCCUCAUCCACCUCAGAAGGGGUAAAUCUGAUGAUUCCCUGUGCAUCCACAUCCACCUGUGCGUGGCGCUGCUGUGCCUCAACCUAACCUUCCUCGUCAACGACAGCCUAGCCUCUCUUGGUGUCCAUGGCCUGUGUGUUGCUACGGCAGCAGCCACCCACUACUCCCUGCUGUGCACCCUCACCUGGUUCUCCAUGGAAGGCUUCCACCUCUAUCUGCUCAUCAUCCGGGUUUUCAACAUCCACGUCAACAGAUACCUCCUCAAACUGAGCCUGGUAGGAUGGGGAAUACCUGGCAUAGUAGUUACCAUAAUUGUUGCUUGUGGCAAAUAUGGAGAAUACAGAAUAUACCAGCAAGACGGUGGUGCUGUUAAAAUGUGCUGGCUGACUGACUCUGCUGUGACCACGGUGUCCUUCUCGUACUUCGUGCUGACAUUCGUGGUGAACACGCUGUGCUUUGGGUCUGUGACAGUGAAGGUGGUGAGGGCCCACCGUCAGAGUCCUGUCCUGAGGGAGAGGGGUAUGAGCAGGGGGACAGUGCUCAGUCUGCUGGGUCUGGCCUGGCUCCUGGGGGUCUCCUGGGGGGUCAUGUUCUUCCAGUUUGGCCCCCUGAGGGAGACAGCCUUCUACAUCUUCUGCACCAUCAACUCUCUCCAUGGUGAGAUAAGAUACAGCCCUUAUUCUCAUUCACAUCAGGUACACACAUGCACACAUGCAUACACACACAGUAGUCCUGUGUACAGGAGCACAAUCCCAUGUAAAUUCAAGGAUAAAAGCUCAUCAUGAUAAUUGAAUGUCUCUAUUUAAUUAGUGUUUUGCUAUUAAUGUAAUUGUACGUAGAUCUAGUAAGUAAAGGCAUGCCAUUAUAAAACACUGUAGGUAAUGUCCUGGUUGUGGCAUUGAUACCAGAUUAACAACCCAGUCUGAUACUGUGGUCUAUGGUCAGGAGCUUGGUUAUAUUACGCCACUGGGUGUCACUAUUGUAUACAAAGACAGAAUUAUCAUCUUUCAAGAGCAGCUCUUGUAAUUCAGUCAACAUGCUUAGAAAAAGGGUUAGGGCUAACUAAAAUGCUCUCCUAACCUGCUACGAAAAGUCACUUCUGUCUAGUCACAAUCGCUUAUUACAACCUACAGGCAUCUUCCUGUUUCUACACUAUUGGGCUUUAACUCGGCCAGAGUUAAAGUUCUGACAACUGC